CCUUCCUCCCUGACCCGGUGGUCGGAGUUCCAGAGGCCGGGAGCGUCGGACCCCGGCACUGUUCGGCUGCCGCUAACGCUGCCGUGAGCUCUUGUGCUCAGCUUCCUGUUCCCGCCACUCGGCCCGAUCUCUGAGCGUGGCCCGACCCGCGGCCGACAUGAGCUUCUUGUUUGGCAGUCGCUCUUCUAAGACUUUUAAACCGAAGAAGAACAUCCCAGAGGGUUCUCACCAGUAUGAGCUCCUGAAACACGCAGAAGCUACCCUUGGCAGUGGCAACCUCAGGAUGGCUGUCAUGCUUCCGGAGGGAGAAGAUCUAAACGAGUGGGUUGCAGUGAACACUGUGGAUUUCUUUAAUCAGAUCAACAUGCUUUAUGGGACCAUCACAGACUUCUGUACAGAAGAGAGUUGUCCAGUCAUGUCAGCUGGACCAAAAUAUGAGUAUCAUUGGGCAGAUGGAACAAACAUAAAGAAACCUAUUAAGUGCUCUGCACCAAAGUAUAUUGAUUACCUGAUGACGUGGGUCCAGGAUCAGUUGGAUGAUGAGACAUUAUUCCCAUCAAAAAUUGGUGUCCCAUUUCCAAAGAACUUCAUGUCUGUGGCAAAAACCAUACUCAAACGUCUCUUUAGGGUCUAUGCGCACAUUUAUCACCAGCAUUUUGACCCUGUGAUCCAGCUUCAGGAAGAAGCACAUCUCAAUACGUCCUUCAAGCACUUUAUAUUUUUUGUCCAGGAGUUCAACCUUAUUGAUAGAAGAGAACUUGCACCACUCCAAGAACUGAUUGAAAAACUCACUUCAAAAGAUAGAUAAAAGAAUGCAGAGCUAUGCGAACUAUUCCUCAAGUGAAACUGUGUGGAGCGUAUUUGGGAUUUUGCCAUAUUUUAUUUGGUUGUUUUAUCUUGGGUUUGGGUGGCUUGCUUGGGUUCCCUUUUCUUUAUUCUGAAUAUCUGAAAGCAUACUCUAGUAGUAGAGGAAACCAAGAACCAUUCUCUCCAUUUGAAAGGGAGUAAGUUUUGUCUUAGUAGUAGACAGUAUUUUUUAUUUUAACACAAUUUUGGUUUCGUGAGCAGUUUGAAUAAGAUUGUGUGCUGGAAGAAAAUGCCUGCUGAUGGAUGGGAUUCUGUGUUGUAUAAAUUGUGUCACAUCGUGAAGUCCCCAGGAGACUUAUGUUUUUAAAGUGCCUUGGCAGAUUCACUUGUAAGAUGCGAAGCACAGACAAAACUGAACAAGGCUUGAAAUAAUAUUAGGAUUACUAUCCAGGGCACUUACUGGUGCAUGCUGUAAAAUAAUCUAUGAUAAAAGCCAUACUUUACCCAAAUUGGUGUUCUCCAGCUUUUAUUACAUUAAAGAAACAUAAUUUGUAAAGUUGUGCAUGAAGAACAUAAAAAUUAGUAUUUCUUAAAUAUUUUUGAUAUUGACAGUAAUAUAUUCUGUUCAACAAAUGCUUAAGGUCUUUUUCCGUCUUUUAAUAUCUGUGAUAUUGAAACUUGAGGAUGCUAAAAUAUAAUCCAUAUUGCCUUUUGACUUCUUUCUACAUGUUAACUGCACUGUGGUGUCUUUCUACAUGUUACUACACUGUGGGUAUAAAACUUCGGGAUAUAUUUAGGAUUGCCAUCUUCAGAGGUGACACUGAACUGUGAGGUUUCUUAGCAAUUGCCAAAUGAGCCAUGAGUCUGCAGAAAAAGCACCUACUUUGAAGAGCAGGGGAUAGAGCAUGUUUGUCUGGGGAAAGGGAUUAUUAUAUGGAUAAUUAAGAAUGGAAUUAAAUAUGGGGAAUUAAGGUCUAGAAAGUUCUGUCUUAAAACCUUUCCAUAGAAUUACAUUAUAAUUUUAAUCAAUUAGUUAUAAACAAUCUUAGAGACUUCCUUUUAGGAAUCAACUUCCAUGAGAAGUGAAAAAUACAUUAUUGAUUUAGGUAAAGACUUGAAACAUGGAUUUAAGGACUAUUGGGAAAAACUGAUCUUUUUUUUUAGCAUUUCCAUUCAGUGAAUGGAACUGGUAUUUCCUGUCAUUUCAAAAUGAUACAUAAUACCUUUGCAUAUUAUAGGCCCAGUUUGAAGUAUUCUGACUUGAUUUUCCAUUGUGAAAGGAAUCUUUUUCUUUGUAGUGAUAUAAAACAGUGAAAAUGCUAAUUCAGUAGUUAAAAUUUUAGUUAACAGAACUUUCUAAUGCAUUACUAAUACAAUAACAAGUUUAGAAAAUUAGUUUUUAAAAUAAAUGCUAAUUUUUUCACUUCAGUUUUGUUCUUGAGAAAUACCCUUCAGACUUCCAAGUUGAGUUUUAUAAUUUUUGGUAAAUUUGCUUUCUCAGUUAGAAAUAUGUAAUUUUCUUCCAGUUAGAAGCAUAUACUUGUGCAAUGGAGAUGCUUGCUCUGAAUAGAUUACAGAUGUUUAGGAGAAAAGAAAAUAAGUUUGUUUUUGUCAUUAAUACUUUAAUAUUUUUACAGUUCAGAUCACUAGGAACUGCCUUUUUCUCCAUUCAUUUCUAGCGGUUAAUGUACUAAGUACCAACAGUACUAGUAAUGGAUAGCCUGACAGAGGCAAACACACUUACUGAGGCUUACUGGUAGUAUUUAUUUAUAGAACACAGAAUAGAUAAUAGCAAGCACUGUGGGCUGGUUCAGAAAUGAAGUUUGGUGUUCUGAUAUUUAAGUGCUAUCUGUCUAAGGAAAUGAAACACAAUUCCUCAAAUAGUCUUCCAUAUUGAAUGAUUUCCUGUCAGCCUUGUAACAAAAUGAUUGCAGUAGCUAAAUGCAGAGAGAAUAGCUAAAUACAAUUUUCAUUUAAUGUACACUGUAGAAAUGGGGACUCCUUCCACAAAUUAAAUUUGGCGGAAGGAUUUACUUUCCCCUGUAUAUGUAGACAGGAAUUUGUUUUUAGUUUGCCAGAAUCUAGGUGCCUGUUUCUGAGUAUUUUGUGUAUUCAGUUACUGACAAGCAAGGAUGCACAUAUGUUUAUGGGUGGUAAAAAGGAAUAGACAUUUUUGCAGGGAGAUGCCUGGCAUGGUACAUAGUGUUAGGUGGCUGCAAGUAAGGAAAUACUAGAGCAGAUGAGAAAGAACUGACUUAAUAAAGGUUGCUUUCCUUUGAUUGGUUCCUAUGUGUAAGAGUUAGGAAGAUGCCCUUUACAAAGUAAGAAUCAAAGCUUCAUUUUAAAGCAGAGCUUGCUUAUAAAUGUCUAUUUAGAUUCUUUUCAGAUUUCUAUUUAAUUUAUAAGUAACCAAGUAAAUUAUUUCCUCCCUGUUUUUUAUAGUUAUAAAGCAGUUUUCUCAUCCUUCUUGAUUACAGGAUCCUACAAAAUGUAAAGUAGUGAGUUGUCAAGGUAUUAUUGGUACUCAUAACAACUUUGGUUAAAUGUUGACAUGAUGCAAGUUUCAAGAAUUAUUUUAAAUGAUGGAGUAGUAGUAGUUGAGAAAAAUGAAUACCAGAAAGAGUAAAAUUUUUAAAAUUAACUAUAGUAGAUGGUGCUCAUGGCUUUCAUUUGCUGACUUCCAUUUCCCAUAAAGCCAUGGCAGUAGAGUACACUAAAACAAGCAUGUAUUAGUUAGCUGGUGGUUUUGGAGGAUAAUGUACCUAAAAAUUUACUUUUCUACUUUCCCUGUUGUGUACAAAUUCUAAAUAGCAUAAGAUGUGUUAAGUAGAAGAAGAUAUGGCUAUGGUAAAAAAUAUUUCAGAUAGCAUUACUGCCUAGCUUAUCAGGAUAGAUGAAGCACUAACAUCUUUUACCAGGAAAUAGAGAUGAUGUAGGUAUUUAUAUUUUACAUUUUCCCUGCGUAUGGGAAAAUGUGAAAAAAUGACAGAUU